CUUUCUUCGUCCACAGUCCACAGUCCACCGCACCUCCCUCUCUCCUCCGAGGCGGCUUCCGGGUGCAUGCUGGUCGCUCUUCGCUCCUCUCGACUCCUUACCAGUCACCACAACGCUGAUCGAGCGUUUCGGAUGGAGCAGCAGCAGGCCAUCUACGGCUUUCUCGGCGAACUACAGAUGGAGAAUUACCGAGCCCGUGAAGAGGAUGUUGAUGUGUGGAUCCUACGACUUCUGGAGGAAGGGUCCGUAGAUGCGGCAAACCUAAAUGAUUGCUGCUUAUCAGGUGAUUUGCCUGCUCCCUCUCCUUCGCCGGACGCAAAUGAUAAUGGCCAUGUAGGAAUUUACCGAAUAGAUGCUGAGUUGCUUAACUUUAACUACUUGACAGGACCUAGGAAGAGUGGCCCAAGAGGAACUCGGAAGAGAAGGACGUCUCCAUGGCAAGACAACGUGCCGCGUGGCCCCAGCGAGCGUUCCUCCCGCUGCCAUGAUCGAUCGAUCGCGACUGGAAACAAAGUACGCUGGUGGCUGGUGUACUGA